AGAGAGAGAGAGUGUGUGGAAAAGUAAGUGACACCGAGAUGUUUGAACAGAAAGCCGCAACAAUCUAUUUGCAUAUGCAAUGCUCAUGUCAUAAACUGGUGUCAAAGUGAGCUUAGAAUAUUAAUCAACGCUUAGAAAGUGACAUAAGGAUCAAGCAGGAGGAUCAGCUAACAGCAGCAACAGCAGCCGAAGGAGCAAGAGCCAAGAGCCAGCAAUCAUGACAUAUACACUGAUGCUCUGUCUGUUUGUCGUGGGAACCAUGCACCGUACGGUCUCCCAUGAGCAUGCCGAUGGUUUUAAACCAGAUGGCGAAAUCCUGCGUGUUUUGGUGAACAGCUCGGCCGAAAUCAAAUGCGAUGUGGGCUCCAGUCUGCCCGAUGACAAAGUCCUGCUGGUUGUUUGGUACAAGAAUAAUUUACCCAUUUACAGCUAUGACACACGUGGCGCCCACGCGGGCACACCAUCGCAUUGGCGAGACGAGGAGGUCCUCGAGAAUCGGGCCGUCUUUCGCACGCACAAGGAGCCAGCGGAAUUGACUAUAAAUCCGGUUAAGGAAAAGGAUGCGGGCAACUUUCGCUGUCGCGUGGACUUCAAGCUAUCACAGACCCGCAACAGCAAUGUCAAUUUGGAGGUUGUCGUGCCACCGAUGCAGCCGAAUAUAUUUAAUGAGCGCCGCAUGAGAAUCGAUUCGAGGGCAGGACCCUAUGAAGAGGGCGGCAGCCUGGAGGUCACCUGCGUCGUCUAUGGAGGUUCGCCGCCACCCACUGUCACAUGGCUGAUGAAUGGGCAGCUGCAGAACAGCGUUGUCGAUUACACCUACGAUGGUACCAUCAACAGCAAACUUGUGGUCCGCAACCUGUCACGCAUCCACCAGCAUGCGGUCUACACCUGCCAGGCGAGCAAUUUCCACAAGAAAUUUGUGGCCACCAACAUAACCAUUGAGCUAUACCUGCGUCCCCUUUUGGUGGAAAUCAGCUUCAACAAUCAGCCCAUGUCCGCGGACCGCAAAUACGAGAUUGAGUGCCAGGCCAUUGGCUCUCGUCCGCCCGCCAAGAUCACCUGGUGGAUGGGCAAUCUAGAGCUGCACGGACAUAGCCAGAAGGUCUCGGAGGAUGGUAAUGUCAGCACUUCCGUGCUGUCGAUUACUCCCACGAGGGAGGACCAUGGCAAGGCCUUGUCCUGUCGCGCCACAAACGAAUUGGUACGCAAUGGCAUACGGGAAACGGCCAUGAAGCUGAAUGUGUUCUUUAUACCCACAUUGCAGCUGGACCUGGGCUCCAAUCUAAAUCCCGAGGAUAUCGAGGAGGGUGAUGAUGUCUAUUUUGAGUGUAAAGUGCAUGCAAAUCCGGCCGCUUAUAAAGUUGUAUGGAAGCAUAAUCAUCAAAUCAUCCAGCACAAUCAGCGAGCGGGCGUCAUCGUCAGCAGCGGAGAUUUGGCCCUUCAGGGUGUGACCCGACAUCAGGCGGGGAAUUACACCUGCACCGCCUCCAAUGUCGAGGGCGAUGGCGAUUCAAAUGUUGUCGAACUGAAAGUGAUGUAUAAACCAAUUUGCCGGCCCGAUCAAAAGAAAAUCUAUGGCGUGGCCCGAAACGAGGCCGCUGAAAUCGUUUGCGAAGUGGACGCCUUUCCGCCGCCGGAGAACUUCAAGUGGUCGUUCAAUAACACAGCCGAAACCUUCGAUAUGCCACAGAGCGGCUUCCGUCCACACUCGGCACAGGGCUCCACACUCACCUAUACACCAGUGAAGGAAAUGGACUUUGGCACCAUCAUGUGCUGGGCGGACAACAAUGUGGGUCAGCAGAAGGAGCCCUGUGUGUUCCAUUUGAUAGCCGCUGGCAAACCGGAAGCGCCCACCAACUGUACGGUGGUCAAUCAGACGUCCGAUUCCCUGGAGGUAUACUGCAUCGAAGGCUUCGAUGGCGGCAUGCGUCAAUGGUUCCUCAUGGAAAUCUACGAUCAGCAUAGCGGCCAGCUACAGGCCAACAUCAGUGCCAAGUUUGCGGCCUUGGCCGUAACGGGUCUGGAUGCGGGCCGUUUGUUUCGCAUCUAUGUCUAUGCUGUGAAUGGACGUGGACGCAGCGAUGCGGUGGCCCUCGAUGGCUAUACCCUCAAGGCCGCUGAAAAGCAGACGGUUGCUCUCACCUCGUACAAGGGCAGCGCCCAGAGUCCCGAUAACUUUGAGCUAACACCGAUCCUCUCGAUUGGCAUCUUUGUGGGCAUACUGGUGGCCAUCGUUUGCAUUGGCAUUGGCACAAUUGCCGCAUUGAAGUUGCGCUCGCACAAGCAUCAACAGCAGCAGAAAUUUGUACAUCCCAAUGCGAAAUUCUCACGUCCGGGCAAUUUACAAAUUAAGGAUAAAAUCUCAUUGCCAUUGAGUCACUCGGAGGAGAUGUACGAUGAGAAGAAUCCCGAUGUUGUGCCCUACAAUGAGGUGGAUGGUGAAUAUAAACAAAAAUCAGCAACACAAACGCCAUCGGGACAUCUUUCGACAACCAGCGAGGUGGAAAUCAGCUGCAAGCCAGGCUCAACAUCCGGUGGCACUGGCACUGGCACUGGCAACGUUGGCGGCGGCAGUGCCACCAACAAUGCCAACAACUCCAACGACAGUGGCACCUAUCAGAGCAGCAAGGACGAUGAGCUGCACUAUGCCGAGCUGUCGCUGAAUCAGGUGCCUGCCACUAGCAACUCCAAGAAGGGCCAGCCACAGCAACAGCAGCAGCAACAGCAGCAGGGUCAGCAGGGCCAGGGCGUGGGUGUGGGCGUGGGUGUGGGCGUGGGUGUGCUGGGCGGCACUCUGCCGCAUGGCUCUAGCAUGCGCAAGCUGUUGCCCAGCAUACCGGCAACGGCAACGUUGCAGCGACACAAACCGAAUGCGGGCGGCAUGCAGCAUCCGCAUCAGCACGCUCCGCCGCCCACAUACGAUUACGAUUACUUUGAGGAGCCAACGAUAUACGCGCAGAUCGACGCAUACAAGACACGCGGCGGAGGAGGUGGUGGAGUAGGUGCAACCACGGCCGGAAGUGACAGACAGAUGCAAAUGCAGAUGCAGAUGCAGGUGGACACUGGCAUUGGACCUGGUGGCGUCGUCUUUCCGCCAUGCAUCUCAUCGCCGGGAUCGCAUGGCACUCCAUCGACCGUGUCGCCGGGCACGGUGCAAAUGUACACGCUACCCUCCCAUCCCGGUGGCUAUCACACACUGCCACACAAUCAUCAUCAACAGCAGCAGCAGGGGCAGGGGGCUGCAGCUGCACCCCAAAACUCCGCUUCGAUGAUGCAAAUGAUGCAGCAGCAGCAACAGCAGCAACAGUUGCAGCAGCAGCAUCAUCAUCCAGCUGGCAAUAUGCCCAUGCCGCCAUCCUACCAGCAGCAUCAGCAGCAGCAGCAGCAGCAGCAGUUGGUCCAUGGCCAGAUGCUCGUCUCGAGCAACAGCAGCGGACUGGCAUCGACAACGGCGGCGGUGGCCAGUCCCAGCAGCUCACUCUCCGGGCUGUCGGGCGUGGGGGGCAAGUCCUAUUCGCGUGAGAUAGUCACAGUGCGCACACCGCUCAUGUAUUCGCAGCAGGAGAGCUGUGUUUAAGCACAUUCCACACACCAAUCCCAAACCCAAACCCAAACCCGAACCAGAACCCUAACUCCCUCCCUAGCUUCCUCCACACAUCCUAAAUGUUAGUUAUAUAAGUCUUGAGCUCUUUGUGGUUUGUGUCUAGGCUUAAGCGUUGCCAAAACGAAUUGAAUUAAAUAAAAUGAAUUGAAUUGAACCAAAAAAAAAAAAUAAAGGGAAUCAGCAGCAGCAUCAGCAAACCCAAACUGUGAGACUCUCUCCCUUAAAGAGACAGAGCAGCCGAUUAUAAUUUAUAUUGGAAAAACGCAGUGCAGUGCAGUGCAGUAAAUAUUUGAGGCAUAAAACACACACACACACACAGCCAUAUAAAUAAAUCAAAAUUGAUUAACGAAAAUAGAAAGCCAACCUAGAGCAGAGCAGAGAAGAG